ACUUCCCGGCUGGGAAGCCGAUGAGGCCGGAUGGAAGCGGCUUAGCGCACCGACGCCAGUAUUGAUUAGGGGCGCCCGCGAACACAACAACAACAAACAGACAGAAAUCCACGCACGCGUGCAUGCAACAUGCUUGUGUUUGGGCUCCAGGAUGAUAACGGGCGCUAACUGGUGCCAAGCGGUGCCAAAAGAGUGAGAGGACGCAGGCGGCUGUCAGGAAUGAGCAGCGUGGUGGGAGAUGACGCCACGUCCAGUAUGGACACUGGCUGGCCUGUGUGCAAUUCUUGGAGAAGGGUGUGUGUUUGUGUGUUUGCGUGGGGUCACACCACAAAGGCCCGUUUGUCUGCGCCUCCACCCACAAUGAAAGAAGGAUAGACGAGAACGAGCUGGAGCGAGUUUCUGCUCGAGUUUCUUUGAGCGGACGUCGUUUGACUCUCGCGUGGACCGCCGUUCUCUGUCCUCACAGCACAGCACCCGAAAUGGUCCAACCUGAGUCGCCAGAGUCUGCUCUACCUGAAAGAGAUCGGCAACGGCUGGUUCGGCAAGGUAAGAGCCGGCUGGCCGGCCCUUGCGAAACCUUCCAAAAAGUGUUCCACCCCUUUGCAAUCCUCAUCAUGACGUGUCUCGAGUGUUUGCAAGCAGAUAACAUCUUCUUCUCUCCAUCCUUGUUUUCCACACUCAUCAACAUCCGCGUUAUCUUCACGACUGGGUUCUUCUGGGGGAGGUGAAUGAGAACCUGAGGAGCAGUCAGGUGGUGGUCAAGGAGCUGAAGGCCAGCGCCAGUCUAGAGGAUCAGAUGCACUUCCUGGAGGAAGUGCGCCCCUACCGGGUGCUGCAGCACUCAGCACUGCUGCGGUGUCUGGCCCAGUGCACCGACGUGUCGCCCUUCCUGCUGGUCAUGGAGUUGUGCCCGCUGGGCGACGUAAAGGCGUACUUGAGGAGCAGCGCGCACGCCGACGGCGUCCCCGAGCCGCUACUCCUCCAGAGGAUGGCCUGUGACAUCGCUUCCGGACUCAAACACUUGCACGCGCACAACUUCACUCACAGCGACCUGGCUUUGAGGAACUGCCUGCUGACUGCCGAUGUCACCGUGAAGAUCGGCGACUACGGCUUGUCACACACCAAGUACAAGGACGACUACAUGAUCACGGCCGAGCAGACGUAUGUGCCGCUUCGCUGGAUGGCUCCAGAGCUGCUGGACGACGUGCACGGAAACCUGCUGGUGGCUGAGCAGACCCAACCGAGUAACAUCUGGUCUCUGGGAGUGACCAUCUGGGAGCUGCUGGAGCUGGGAAAGCAACCCUACGGCCAUUACUCUGACCGCCAAGUUCUGUCUCACGCCGUGAGGGAGCAGAAGCUGCGGCUGGCCAAGCCCGCUCUCCGAGUUCCUCUGGCCGAACGCUGGUACGAGGUGAUGCAGUUCUGCUGGCUCCCACCCGAUCAGAGGCCCACCGCCGAGGAAGUUCACCUACUCUUGAGCUACCUGUGCGCUAAGGGGGCCAGUGAGGCCGAGGAGGAUUUCGAGAGGCGCUGGAAAUCCAUGCGGCCCGGCGGCCGUGGCGGCAACGCUCGCGAGCAGCCCUCAUCCGCUUUCCCGUCCGCUUUCUCGUCCUUCCCUCUCCUCCAGCAGUUCUCAUCCGCUGACGGCUACCACUCUGAAUCCGGGGAUGACGUUCUGACCAUCACCGAGACCAGCCACGGCCUGAACUUUGAGUACCGUUGGGAGCGGGCCAGGGCGGAAGAGUCCCAGAGGGGCGCCGAGUCCUCGAGCACACUCAGCAGCCGUGAAGCUUUUUACCCUCCGGCGGGUUGCCGCUUGGAGAGCGUCCACCUCCGAGCUUCUCCCAUUUACGCUCCGGGCGUGCUUCCCGUCUUCAGCUCCCACAGCCCGUCGCUCAACAGCGAAUUCUACGUCCGCAUCGAAGAGCCGGCAGACUGCGGCCUGGAGCCGGCCGACUGCUCCGUGUGCUCCUACAGUCCGGACUUCCGGAGCGGCGGGAGCUUCCUCAGCGGGAGCGUCGACUCGGGCGGCUGCGUGGCCUGUCCGUCGCUGGCCGAGGCGGGCGGCAGCUACUGGUCGGCGGAUAUCCGCAAUGUCUACGACUCCAACGACUCCAGUCCCGCCAUCUCCCUCAGCACCACGGAGGGUCUGCCCCUCUUGGGCCAGGCGUGCGACGACAGCCCGCUGCGAGCCUGGGAGUCCAGUCACUACGUGUCUUACAAAGACCGGGAUGGAGGUUACUAUUAUGAGCACUCCCCGCCCGUGGACUUUGAGUGCUAUCUGAUGGGAGGAGAGCUGGCCACUGAGCAACUUCAAGAAAGUUGGGGGUCGAGGAGCCUUCGCCGGGCCUUGGGCGAGCUGGAGAACCCGGUGGGAGUGCCCCCCUCCCUGGACAGUCCGCCCCAACAGGUCUACGGAGACCCGUACAUGGACCUGGACACCGGUCACUCCUCCAUCAUCGGCAAGACGGUGACCGGAGGCUACUACGACAUGAUGGGCUCCUUGCGGAAGACCAUGCCGAGUCACGGCGGGCGCGGCUCGGUCGCCAUUAACACAGAAACGGAGAGGGCGAUCUUCGUGGGGCCCCUCGCCAGCCAUUCAGGGGUGGAUGAUGACCAAGACGAGAGCUACGCGUGCAACACGUGGCCUUCCAAACAGCGUCGCCCCCAAAGACGAGCCAGUCGGAGCCGCAGACGAGAAACCUACGUGGACUUUGACUAUGGCGUGCCGAGCACCGGCGUGGACCACUGCUGGACAGCUCCGCAUUACCGGAGCCUGCCCAAGAGUGUCGCCUACCUGGAAGCCCACCGAGCCAAAGAUGACAGUGGCCGCGUGAGUCAACACCCCCUCUCGGUGUCUCCGGAGCGCUAUGACGCUUCCGUGUACUCGUGCCACCAGAGCGCUCCCUACGCGGUGCCGCCGAGGGACUGUUGCCAUACGCACUUUGUAGAUCCACUCGCGGGCUUGAUGGUGAGUAACGACGGCUGUCACGACAAAGUCUCAGACAACCCGAGCGGUGACGAGAUGAUCAACCUCUCACCGGCGCCAGGAGGUCCGGUCGUGUCCAAAGACGCCCCGAUCAAGGAGCCACCAUACGCGGCGCUCAGAGCGGAAGACGUUAUCAAGCGAGACAUCGUCACACAGCAUCCUCCGGUGACCAAGCCCCACGUGGAAGCCAUGAGCCAAAGUCCGCCGCCGCCCGCAGAGAGCAAGCACGUGCCAGCGCACGUGACGGAACCGCAGUCAGAGAACAGUCAAGCGGGAGAUAGCGGUUUGGACCGAGGCGGCUCCAGCAUCAGCCUCACCGACAUCCCCGACAACCAAGACGACGACAGCAUUGAUGACAUCACCGACGUCACUUCGGAGAUCUUUGCCGAGGAGUCCGCCGAGCCGAACGCUUCCCCUGCCUUCGAGUCGCAGGGAGGACCAGCGGAUUCCUUGAAGUCAGUCCCCGGGUCUCAUGAGGGCUCCGGGCCCCGCUCUUCCUGUUACCCCAAAGCCACGGACAGCGGCUACGACACGGAAAAUAACGAAAGUCCCGAGUUUGUCCCGAAAGAACCUCACGAAGCCAAAGAGCAAGACGUGCCUCGGCCAGCCGUCCACACCGGCGGGAAGGAUGAGCAGUGCCCUGCGGGUGCCCUGAAGGAGGAAGCAUCUCCUCAAGAGCCGCCACCGCCCUUCUUGCCGCUCAGUCAGGAGACGCCAUACAGGGACUCGGCCUACUUCUCUGACUAUGAGAACGAACGGCAGGUGGGGAACGAACAGGAGGGAGCACGUCAAAACCCGGGCGGUUGUGUCGAUGAAGACCGGCUCGCACCGAGGGACACCGCGGUGGGCUCGACGGAAGACGACUCGUUGGACGGUUCGACGACAGAAGGGGGCCUGGACGAGUGGCCCUCCCACGAGGAAAGCUCAUCUCUUGAAGACUGGGCAGCAGAGGUGGUGGGAGCCAUGGAGGAGGCUCUCUAUGCCCUGAACGAAGAGCCCGAGUCCACGGCCGUGUUCCAGAAAGAAGGAGGAAGGGGUGGGCCGCUCAAGGACAAAGCUUUAGGGCCCGAGAUGCCGCACGGCUUACCCAAAGACGAGGUGGCCUUGCAGCAGGCAGCCAAUUCCAGAAAGUCAUCAGAAGACCGAGGAACCGGGAACGAGGCGGAUGGCGGCUCGGACGGCGGCUCGGACGGCGGCUCGGACGGCGGCUCGGACGGCGGCUCGGACGGCGGCUCAGAUGACAGCGACGAGUCGGAUGAGGAGCCGCGCGCCUCGGGUGUCCCGGAAGAGGAAAGCGAGGACGAGUGGCAGCCGGUGCCCAUCGUGAUCAGCGACGACAGCCGCGCCCACACGCUGAGAGGCCUCCUCAAGACGCCCGCUGUGAUCGAGCUCCACCGAGAGCUGCCGGCCAACAAGAGGACCGUGUCCUUCUUUGAUGACGUCACCGUCUAUCUCUUCGAUCAGGAGAGUCCCACCAAGGAACUGAGCGCACACGGGUUCCCUUUGGCCGCAGAGGGUUCGGGCACCAAAUGGCCUGAGAGGCUCGUUGUGUCGGACGACUCCUCGGACGGAAACGUCUCGGAAGAGAGCGCGGGCUUCGAGUGGGAGGACGACUUCCCCCUGCUGCCUCUGCCGACAUCCUCGGCGACCGCUGCUGCUGACGACUCGCCGUCCCGCGCCGCUGCUGAACCCUUGGAGAGCAAGUCAGCGGCUGGCUUCUCUCGCUUCACCGUGUCUCCCUCCAGCGCGUCCCGCUUCUCCAUCACGCACAUCUCUGACUCGGACAUGGACUCUGUGGGAGGAAGCAGCGAGGACGGCGACAAAGAGUGAAGGACGCACAUUCGUCAGCGUUUUUGACGCUUCUCGCUCAAGGAAACGUCCACUUGAUGAAGAAUAAGACGGGUUCUACGCAUUGAGACUUGAGAAGGUGCAAGGCGACCUUUCUGAGACGAUGAAAUGGAAGAGAGACAGACGUUUUGAGAUUCAUCGACUACGUGCAUGUUUGAAAACGACGACAAAAGACGCACAAAUGUUUGAAAACGACGACAAAAGACGCACAAAUUUCUCUCACGGCGGGACCCGACAAGGCCUUCGAGGUUGCUGCUUGGACGUGAUAUUUAUGCUUAUUAAUUUGUACAAUCAACUCUCCUUCUCCUGUCUCGUGUUCUAAGUGUAUGGCACCCACGUUUGAACAAUGUCUAGGAAGAAUCCGGUGCUCUGAAUGAAAAAAAGGGCAACGCGUCGUCCUGCACACACACGUAAGACCCACCCUGCUAGUUGAAGUGCUGCACAACAAUAAUACAAGUAUGGGAUCCAAUUCAGGGGGGUGCAACAUUUACCUGCGUGUUUGAAUUUAUUUCACUUUGAUUUGUGCAGGUAAGGCACUUGAGAACAAGCUAACAAUAUCAACAUUGAGCAAUAGCAAGACAACGAUUUCUUCAUGUCUUGGAUUGAACAAUUAUUGUUUUAACACACUUUCAUUCUCGUGUAUUCAAUCAUCUGAUUAAAUAGUUGAAGUUGUAACUAACAUAAACCCAUCCAUCCAUCCAUUUUCUGUGCCGCUUAGUCCCCACGGGGGUCGCGGGCGUGCUGGAGCCUAUCCCAGCCGUCAUCGGGCAGUAGGCGGGGGACACCCUGAACAGGUUGCCAGCCAAUCGCAGGGCACACAGAGACAAACAGCUACAAGCACUCACACACACCUAGGGACAAUUUGGAGUGCUCAAUGGGCCUACCAAGCAUGUUUUUGGGAUGUGGCAGAAAACCGGAGUGCCCGGAGAAAACCCACGCGGGGUCGGGGAGAACAUGCAAACUCCACACAGGGAGGGCCGGAGGUGGAAUGGAACCCGCACCCUCCUAACUGUGAGGGGGACGUGCUACCCAGUGCGCCACCGAGCCGCCACUAACAUAAACCAAUUUAGCAUUUUUAAAUUCAUUGGCGGCUCGGUGUGAGUGCGAGUGCAAAUGGUUGUUUGUCUCUGGGUGCAAGCUGCGAUUGGCUGGGAACCGGUUCAGGGUGUCCCCUGCCUACUGCCCGAUGACGGCUGGGAUAGGCUCCAGCACACCCGCGACCCUCGUGGGGACCAAGCGGUUCAGAAAAUGGAUGGAUGAGAAUUCUUUGGCGUAAGUGGCUACUUCAUUACAUUAAGAGAUCAAAAUAUAGGAAAUAAUAAUUUGAUUAUUAAAAUGAACCGAUUUUAAA